AUGGGGAAGAGGACGAAACACAUGCAGACACUGCGACUAUUCAACAACCGGCUCUACGAAACCUACGAGGACGAAGCGCUGUAUCGCAUUCACCUGGCUUGGCCAAUUCUAUUGCCAAGGGUUACAGCUCCUGCGCAACCACACAGUCCAAACCUGUCAAGCCAGGAGGAAUCUCGAACAGUGGCUGCUGCUUCCAGCUGGGAUGACGUGGCACCACCUGCGGCAGGUUCGCACGAUGGUACAAACGACAGCAUGAGGACACCAGAACGAGACCCCAGUAUGGACAUCAUCACACCACCAACGCCGCGACCCACCCCAAAGCUGCAAAGUCAGUGGCCAGUGGAUGACGUGGUGUCACCUGCGACGACUUCAACGCCAAUGAAACGAGCUCGCGAUGAUACGACCAACACAACAGAGGAGCAACAACGAUGGAACCCGAAAAUCCGUCGCCCAACACCGACCGCGGAGGAAUACACGGUGGAUUUUACGGCUGGCCAGUUGGGGCUCGUCUUGCAAACGCGUCCAAGUGGUGUCCUCGUCGGCACUGUGCUGCCAAACUCUCAAGCCUCCCGCGCGGCGGUUAUCAAGAAAGGGGACGUGUUGAUUAAAGUUCGGGGAAUUGCAAUUAAAUCCAAGAUCGAAAUCGUCGAGCGCUUCGUGGGAUCCACGGUUCGUCCAUUACAUAUCACGUUUCGACGGGAACUUGCAGAAUAAGACUGAAUAUUGGUGUGGUGG